AUGGCGGAAUCAGCUGCCGAGACUCUAGAGUCUUCAACUGCGGAACUCCUCCUCAGCGGACGCAAAAACCUCCUCGCCGCUCAGUCGGAAGGCGCGUGCUCCGAGAGGGGCUCUUCACAAACCACAGAGGCGAGCAGCGUAGAAACAAGUAACCAUGAAGAGCUCCUUAGCGUCCACGACGCUACCUGCCCGAUGGAGGCCGCGCGGAUAUCGGCAUUUUCUCACGAGGAGCAGCUCGACAGCCGCAGCGGCAGAGCCGCGUCUGGCGAAUCCCAACUUCAGGGCGGCCUACCUCUGGAUCGUCUUGUGGCGCUCUCAUCUUCCGUCUGCGAUUUCCGAGAAAAUAGCUCAAACCAGACAUUUGUCGCCCCCGAGUGUGGAUCCUCCGCGCCUUGUGAACCAGCUCCCCGGGGGCCUGCGGCCGGCUCCAGUUCAUCGUCAACCGCGACUCAAGGGCGGGCACGCAGAGACAGCGAUCCUGCAGUCUCCGUGGAGGGUUCCGCCGAGCCCGCUAGAGCCAAAGAAUGUGGUACGUCGGUCUCGGGUGCGGAAGAGCCGCACAUGCCUGACUAUACGCUCAGUGGAGAGCCGAUCGCCCUUCGCAAGACGCUCCACAGACCGCGAGACAACUGGCUAAAAGGGGAAACUCUCGGCCUCUACAUGCCCGCCACAGGCGCCUCCUCACCGACUCCGAGCGUCGAGGCCAAACCGUCACCACGAGCCUCGGGAGAGGCCUGGAACGGCCAUGCAUGUGCGACCCGCGAGGUCCCCGACGGCGAGAUUCACAGUUCUCACGAAUUCCAGGAGGGUGAACUCCUCGCUCUAUCGCCUGAGGUCCUCGCAAAGCACAUCCUAUCCCUCCGCGCGCAUCUAACAGACUGCCAGAAGCAACUUGUUGAGGCGAAUGUGAAGCUCGUGAAGUCCGAGCUGAAUGUGAAGGAGCUCGAGCAGCGCGUUCAAAAGAAGCUCCAUCCAGAGGAAACUGACGCGUCUCCAGCGAAGGCGGCCGACGCUGCCACAGAGGAAGACGAAUUGGCGGCGAUGCAGGAGGAGGUCGAUCAGCUGAAGGCCCAGCUACGCAUUGCCAACAGCACCGCUGAUUAUCUUCAGAAGGCUCUACGGGACCGCAGCAACCGCGAGAUGGAGCUGAAGAAUCAUAUUGCUGCUCUGACGGCAGUGAACAAAGAUAUGCAGCAGCAGGCAUGCGCGCUGACACGGAUGCAGGCCUCGCUGACCAAAGACAAGCAGCGCGCUCCACAGGACGAGGCCCGGUCGCGACGCUCGAGCCUUGCCACCACGCGGCUCUCCCGGCUGCCAGAGGAUGACAGUCUCUGUGCCCUGCCGCUCCGCAGGCAGAGUUGGGGUAGCUCUGCAGGCGCGUCGGCGCCUGACAGAAAAGUUCAGUUCGACGUCUGCCCGGUUCUCGGCGCGGUUCACUACGUCCCCGUGCGAACGUGCCCCGUGGACGUCGCGCUGGCUGCGUUCGUGAACCAAAGGAUCAACAAGAUUCUCUUCACCCGUGUCAGGCCUGGCCUCUACCUCUACGGGCGCAUGCCAGUGCGCGUUCAGCUCGGCACCGAUCCUGAUACGCAUACGAAGCGCCUGGAGAUCGUGGCUCGCGGCCGACGAUACAGCAUUUCAAACUUUAUCAACAUGUUCGAGGACGCAGAGUUCGCGAUUCUGGAUCUGGCGCAUAAGAAAGCUGGAGGCUUGCUGCCGCUGGAGCUGUCCAGUUUGCCCGGGUCGCUGGAGUCCCAACCGCGCGCCUACACUUCAGCAGGCCCCGGCGGCUCCGCCACGGCGCGUUUCGGGUCGAGUCUGCCGCUCGCAGCGUCUUCACACACCGAGCAGCAGGGGCGUCGCUGGCUUGGAGCUACUUCCGACGUGUCGGGAGAUACCAGCUACCGUGCCCUAAGCCGGCAGUCCCCAGGGCCUCGCCCGGAAGAGGCGCACGAGCCGCUGCCCGGGCCCCAGCGGCCCUUGAGUCGGUCGCGCCCCGGCGUGGCGGUUCCGCGGCUGCGCCUCCAGGCUGUCGCCAUGACUGCGGGGGAGGUAGGGCGCGCCUCUGGAGGGGCCUUUGGCCUAGACGCGAAAGGCCUCCAGCGGCAGGUGUCGCGGUAUCCCCUGUCGCCCAUGCGAGACGGUUCAGGGUCGUCGCGCAGGAGACUCAGUGUGAACGCCCAAGUGGGCUGCGGUGAAGAGACCGCAGUUCCGGCGCCACGGCGAAUCGCUUCUCGGAAACCGCGGGCAGCGGCGAGCCUCAGCGAGGACGCGGCGGGAGGGGGCGGCUGCCCGCCGGGCGAGGGCCGAGGCGCAUCUCGGCGGCUAAAGAGUGCAUCGACCUCAGUCGGGCAGCACGGAGGGCGAGCAAUGCGAGAGGCCGACGCAGGGCUGAAGCGCAGUUCGCUUUCUGUCUUGGAAGGAACCGGUCACCAAGGCAAAAAGACCCUGACUGCCGGUGCAGCGGCGAAGAAGGGCGGGGCGAGCCAAGCGUCGAUGAGCGCGGUGCACGGGGACCGAGGUGCGGAAGCCACGGAGACUCGGGGCAAGUCCAAGUCACGACGGCUGGCAGGUGGAGCCAAACUGACUGCCACUUCGAGCCUGAAAGGCGCCAGUGCAGACCAGGAGCGCGCUUUACUAGGUUCAGCUGUCACGAGGACGGGCCCUGGAGGCGGCCACCAGCGGAUGCCAGGCGAGCUCGCGCGGUGUGCUAAGAGUAACUCCCGUAAGGCUCCGUCCGCGACGAAAGCGGGGGUCAACGCUGCGCGGAAAACGGCUACUACGCAGUUGAAGACCUUUGUGCCGUCUCCACAGGGUUGUAGAGUUGCUGGGAGCCCUGUAGGAGCGAGUGUGAAGAGCUGCGCUGUCCAGGCCACACUUGCCACCGGGCCGUCGAUGCAGAGAUCACCUAUUCCGCCGACGCCGUCUAGAAGCCUGGUGAGUUCGCAGCCUGACAGCGAGCUCGCAAGCCCCUCAUCCUCGCUACCUGCCGACUCCUCCCAACUGAACGUGAAGAGCGCGGUGAGCAGCGCUUCGUGGCAGGAGGACGCUGUGUGCCCUCAGACGUCUCUGUUGUAUGCCUCCCCUGCUAGCCAUUCGGACGCGGCUGCUGUCCGACGCUCCUCCUCGCUGUCCCGUGGGGGCGUGCCCGUUGUGGGACUGCCUGCAUCGCCGACGAUUCCAGCGGCGUCCGUGACGAGGGCCGCGUACUCGAAGUUCCCGCCGUCGUCCCCAGUUCGCGAGAAGCUCGCACAUGCGGAGAAAAGCAGCAAACUGGGCUCGCUGGUUGUCUCGAGGUGUUCGCCGCAUCUCGCCGCUAGAGCUUUCCAGGACUCGGUAGAUGCGCCCUCACACACGCACGUCGGGCACGAUCCCACGCAGCAGACUGUCAGAUUGAUGCAACGGGGGCUGUGGCCUAUCCCCGUAAGCGCGACUAUGUCUUCCUCCUCGCUUUCGCCGCAAUAA